AUGUUCAACCACAACCACAACAACAACAACACCAUCUCCCUCCGGCAGCAGAUGCAGCUCCCGCCUCCUCCGCCCUCGAUGCCCCAGAGGCAGGAUGGGAAUGGAUCCAAGGAGCCUCCACCGGCUCAGGCCCAGCUGGAGCCCCCCGCCCGGCCUGCUGCCAAUCUGGAAGAGAAGAGUGAGCUGGACAAUAAGAAAAAGGUGGAGGAAGAAGACGAUGACGAUGAGAGCAGUGGAGAUAUCGAUAUUGACGAUAAUGAUGAUGACGACGACGAUGACGACACCCUGGUCCCUUCAUGCUGCGACUGCCCCCCAUCCCUCCUCGAGUUCUCGCUCUCCUCCUCGACCUCAUCGUCCUCCACCUCCAUCAGCUCCUGCUCCGAUCUUGAGUCCGACUGUGCAGAUCAGUCCACCUCCAUCUGUGACAAUCUGUCCCCCAAAGACCACCCUGAACUGCAGCCUCCUGCCCGCUCGCCUCCAUCGCUUCCUCUCAGCCGAAACCCCUUCGUCUUAACGCAACAUUCCCCGAUCGACCCCUGCUCCCCAGACGAAGGUUAUCCGUCUGCACUCGACUCCCCUUCUCACGACUACUUAGGAGUCAAAGGUGACUCAGAAGUCGCCAAACUAGGCCUGCUCGACUUCCUGGAGUCGGUGGGAGAGUUUGGGAAAAUGGAGCGUUUCAGCCAGGUGAUCCAGGUGGCUCGCUGGGAUCUGGAGGGUGAGCAGCACUGGGACGUCCUGCGGGAUCGCUUAGACCACCUGGAUCGCUUGGAGAAGGUGAACAGAGAGGUGAAGCUGGCCUACGUUGCCAGACUCCACGAGAAGGGGUUCGAUCUCGGGGAUCUGGAGGAGCAGGACCUCUCGGACGUCAUGGACGAAAUGGGAAACAUCGAAAUUCCCUGGAAGUUGUAUAAAAACCGCAGCGGAUCGAUGGGAGACUCUCAGGAGUUUUCGGACGCCGGCGUCGACCUCACAGCUCCAUCGGACUGCGAAGAUCCUCUCGCUCCGGAUUCCCUCACACCUUCCCCCGUCGAGCCGCCACCGAGGCCCCCAAAACCUCCGGCGCGCCACGCCAGCGUGAGCUCAGACCUCCACACCUACAUCAACAUCAGCAGGGAGACCACCUCCAUGGCCGUGUCCACCUCCCCCACGCUGUCCACCUUCUCCCCAAACUCCUCCUCGCCAACCUUCACCACCUUCAGAUGUGAGAAAUCCCCGCCUCCAACUCCCCCGUCCAUCCCUCCCCUCCCCGCGUCCAAGCCGGUCCCUUACCUCACCCUCUACACCACCCCAUCCCCACCUCCGGCCAUCCCCACCCCGACACCUCCCAUCCCUCCCCCACGAAGGCGUCACCUCGCCCGGAAGGAAGCCCAACGUCUCGCCGCUCUUCAGGCCGAGCAGGAAAAGACCCCACUGUCCCUCCCGCCACCCACCACCCGCCCUCCACCUCUUCCUCCCCCACCCAUCAUCUCCGUCUCCUCCUCCUCACCCCCUGCCAUACCGCCUCCCCCAGCCCUGCCUCCCCCUCCGUCCUUCCACGCUCUGGACGUGGAGAUCCGAAAGCUGCUCAUGCUGGCCGGGUUGACCCAAGCGGAGCUCCUCAAACUCAGCCCGGAGUUGGGCGUCUGCGUCGGGGGUUUGGAGGACGAAGGAGAUAGUUUCACUCGAUCUGUGGAGUCUCAAGGUUUCAGACUGCGAGACGGUGGGGAGGAGGGUGACACAGGUGGGUGGCAAAAGUUGGAUGGGAAAGCAGAUGUGGGCGAAGAAGGCAAAAAGAAAGACGAGAGCAAAGACACCCAAAGAACCACCUCAUUCACCGAGAUGGCGAGAAGAAGGAAGAGGAACACUGCUGUGACGUCCGACCACUACUACACCACCAGUUUCACACACGAACCUAAAGCGAAGAGCUAUGAGACUUUCCGUUACCCCACCAACGUACCAGACUCGCCUCCGCCUCCUCCACCUCCUCGCCCCUUACCCCCGAUUCCCCCUUCAGUGCCGUCCCUCAAAGUCAGCACUCUGCCCGCCAACUCCGAGCAGCCGGAGCGCUUCGAUUGGCUCAUUGCUUUCACGCCGGAGUGCGACGCUCCGCCGCAGCUUCCAUCCUUAGAAAAGAGACGAUCCCACGUGGAAACGCAGAAGAAGCUCAGCCCUCCAGCUCCGAAGGUGACGACGUUCAAAGAGCUGCGUUUCCGCAACAAGAGCGCCUCCCCUCCGACGAAGGUGAUCACCGACCCCGACCCCGACCCCACGGUCAUCACCCCGGACCCGGACAUACUCUACAACCUGAGGUGGAGGAGGGAGAAGGCCGGCAGCGACGGCAGCCAGUGGGAGUACACCUCCCAGGCCCAGGCCCUGUUCAUGCAGCCGCCGCCGGCCCUCACCUCCAUGGCCGCCCUGAAGGAGAUGCUCCAGCGGGCCGACGAGGAGGGAGGCCGGCUGGAGCUGUGUCCGUCGCAGAAGAUGGGAUGCUCGGUCAGCGACAGCAGCCUGUGGACGAUGGGCCGAGAGUGGGAGGGCGAGGAGGAGGAAGUGGAGGAGGUGAGAGGCCGAGCUGACGGAGGACGGACGGUCGAGUCAAGAACCACAGCUGUUCGCAGCGUGUCGUUCGCCGGCUCCGUGCAGCAGACUGACGCUCCGUGGAUGGGCGAGGAUGUGAAGCGUCCACUGAGAGGCCCGUCCUCGCUGUGCCUGCAGGAGAAGAAAGCCCUGGUCAGCGCUGUCAGCGUGGCCGUGGAGGCCGUCUUGGCUCAGUUCAGCUCAUCUCGGACCGUGGUUCAGAAGUCUUUCUCAGUUAACAAGGCCUUAUCAGGAGACAGCACCAUAAAUCCAUCCCUGGGCCGUCUGGUGCUGCAGUGCCUCUGCCCCGCCCUCCACGGCCUGCUGACCGACGGCCUCAAGCCCCACCAGAGUGACCUGAUUGCGGGCAGGAGGCCGAACUCCGCCUGGGGUCUGGUCCAGGCUUCAACCAGGCCAGGUCCUAAAACUCAAGCCUUGUUCAACCUGCAAGUCCGCGUCGGCGAGCUGCCGCAGCUCAGACAGAGCAAGCACCGGUUCAACGCCUUCCUGCUCGGCCUGCUCAACACCAAACUCCUUGACUCCUGGCUGUCUCACCUCCAGUCCUGCGGCGAUGUUCUGGAGACGUACUACCGCCCCAGCUCCUUCAUGCGCCUGUCGCUGACCUCCUGCCAGCCGCUGUUCGAGGAGCUGCUGCUGCUGCUGCAGCCUCUCAGCCUGCUCACCUUCAACCUGGACCUGCUCUUCCAGCACCACCACCUGGAGCCCGACGGCCACCGACCUGACAUCCCCAGCCCGCCUCUGCAGGAGGCCGGGCUCCAGGCGCCGGCGAAGGGAUGCCAGUCCAAAGUGGCGGGCGGCAGAUACAUGGAGAGCCUCUCGGACGUGGACUUCGGGAGUCCAGAACGUCAGGCGGCCAAAGAUGCCAAGUCAUUGCUGUCGGCCGAUUUAAAGAGCGAAGGAUCCACGAACGCCGACGCUGCGGCGCUGAAGGCGCCGGUGCCUCUGGCCCAGACCAGUCCUCAGCUGCUGUGGGUGCAGGAGAAGGAGAUCGGAGGGCUGCUUCCACCCAACAUCGAGGAGGACAGCUUUGCUCAGCAGGCGGGACAGGCGAUCCAGCAGGGCUGGGGCGCUGUGAUGCGCUGGGGGGGCCGUCUGAGCCAGAACCUGGCCGAGCUGAGCCAGUCGGCGCUGAAGAAGGACGAGAUGAAGGUGGACCUGCCGGAGCUCCAGAGCCCAGCGGGGAGCGACUACACUGCAGUCAGCGGCGGCCCUCAGGUGCCCUGGGGUCUGGGCCGACUAUUCGGGGCCUCCAAGAGCCCCAACAGCCCGACGGGUCACAUACCACCAACCAGACGUCCGUCCCAGUGGUUGGCUCCUGGUGUCACGGCGCUGACCCGCAUGGUGAGCAGCAGCUCCAGCCCGAUGCUCAGAAGAACCCCGGAGCUGGUGGAGGAAACCGAGCCGGAGCCAGAGAAGGACGUCGACUCGCUGGAGCUGAAGGACAAACCACGACCACUCAGGUCCGUACGAACGCUGUGCGACCACACCGGAACCGGCACCGAGCUCAGCUUCUGCAAAGGGGAGGAGCUGGUGGUGCUGGGAGGCGUGGACCAGGACUGGAUCCGCUGUCGUCAGGGAGACCGAGAGGGGCUGGUACCGAUCGGCUACACCUCCCUCAUCAUGUGACUUCGGCUCCGCAACUCGCUGCACUGAAUCAACGCGAAAAAAAAACAAAAAACAAAAAAACAAAACAAACAAAUACAAAAUAUCUAUAUUUUAGGCGAGUGCUGAGAGGUUACGGUGAGGCUGCACUACUCUGGAAGGGAUAUUUCACGCUGCUCGGGUCGAGUGCGCCGCGCCAUCUGUUCUGCUUCUCACGCAUCGGGCCACCGCUCCCCCUCCCCACCGCAAUCCGUGCAGCUCGGUAGCAUUCAGCUAAUGGGUUUUAGCAGCAGGAAUCCAGCCGAGGGUGUGAAAUAAUCGCCAAAUUUAGACCGCUUCACACCUUUUGAUCUUCGAGUGAAGUAUCCCUUUUAAAAGUCCUUUUUUCUCCGUUGCCGUCCUCCUGCUCAGUCUCUGAUCUGAACAAUCUCAUCCCAGCGGGUUUCAGAUCACGGGCUGCAAAGAGGCGCCGGUCGACGGCCCGGCUUUAGCCACGUUAGCGCCUCUGUUCGUCAGCUGCAGAGCGUCGUGGCUCGCCGGCCAUCGGGGGGAUGAAGGCGUGCCAGAGUACUGAGCCGUAGCUCCUGUUGCAUACUGCGUAGUAAUGUAGUGAAUUGUAGCUGUGUAGAUCCGUGUUCUAUUGACCUUCACCCUCGGACCCCUUCUCCACCGACAGCAACCAGGUGCUAGUUGGUUGCUGGUGCUAGUUCCAGUGCUUAGUCAGUUCACCGCCUAAGAACUUGUUUCUAUCAGCAAGUUAGAGCCGUACGUCGCUGCAUACCGUUUACCGGACGUACGGGGGUCCACACAGGACUCCAGACUGACUCUUUCACUGGUCAUCGGUCGCACCUCCCACCUUGUCACAGGCACAACAUAUGACUUGCUGAACAUUUUCCUAUCGAUAGACUCUACAGUUUACCGAUUGCGGUAGCUGCUGUUGGUGGCCGCGGUGCUCUGAUAGUUGUGUGACCAAAAAUGACUUUAAAAGGGUAAACUAGGGCGUUCUAAUGCCAGAUUUGUCUUUUUUUCUCGUGCGGUCUUUCCUGUGAGCUCAUGUAGGUGCGCUCCAUUUUCCACAAGACUGCACGUUAAAGCCUAAGUACACCGAAGUUCUAAAAGUUCUGUUUUCCACCCCUGUGGUGCUGCUGGUGGGACACAGUUGUACCGGAUUUCAGCGCACAACAGUUUGUUUAGACCAGGGAUGUCCAACUCCGGUCCCCGUGAGCUACUGUCCUGCAGGUUCUAAACGUUACUGCAACACACCUGACUCC